UGCUGGGGCGGCCCGGGCCGGCGGAGGCACCCUCGCGGGCCGCCGGAACUUGGGGACGCGGGUCUCCAGGGGCGCGGGCGCGACGGGGCCGCACGUCCCGCCCUGCCUCAGUUUCCCCUUCCCGAGGCGUGGAACGGAAAUCCAGCGGCCGAGUCCUGGGAGACCCGCCGAGCCCGGCGGCAGGAGAGCCCUGCGCGUCUCUGGAAGGCGGUCCCCGCCGGCCUGGGGUGCGGGGCUUCUGGCAGGCGGAGCCCGGCUCGCUGCGAGGAAGCAGACCGGAGGGAACUGCGCGGUCGCUGCGGGAUGGUGGGCUACGGCGUCGUCCGCUCUGAGCCCUGAGUCACGCUGCUGCCCGCCGCGCCUUGCUGCUGGGGCAGCGGGAUCAUCGCUGAUGUCCCGGCGCCUGGACACGGCUUUCCUGGGGUGGCUCGGGGAGUCAGACUCCUCCCCUGAGGCCAUCAGGGGUGGAGGAAGGGCAGGGCUGCGCCCAGGGCAAGGCCUGGCCCCGCUGCUGUCUUCGAGACCUCUUCCACAACCUUAGCACCUCUCGUGCUUCCUGGCUUCCCUCUGGGCCACAGCUAGAGUGAACCUCCUGCUCUUGAACCAGUUCCUGAGCCUUAGGCCCCCUUCCUCCAAAGGGGAUGUCGCAUGCUCAGCACAGGGCUGGCCUGUCAUCCCGCUAUGCCCGCUGACUGCUGUUUUGCUGCUGCUGUUUGGGCUUGCAGGCCUCUUCUGUGAGCCCAGUGUGACCUGGUGGCAGCUAUAAGGGGUGCUUCCAGCUGGUAGCACUUCAGAAGUGCUUUCUCACACUCGCUUGUUGAUCUUCUGGGCAACCUUUUGGGGCAAGUGUUCAUUGGCCAAACACUGAAGAAAACUCAAGCUGAGGGACAAAUGGUGUUCCCAAGGUCACUCAGAGCCAGGCUGGCUCCCGGUGUCUCUCUCUUCCUGGGCCUGUGUCCUGGAGCCUUCCUCAUCAGGUGACCUGUCAGACCACGUGAUCCCGUGUGAGCAAAGCCACCCUUGGGGACCCAUGUGCAUCAUCUUCUUUAAAUUUGAUCCUCGCCCUGUUUCCAAAAAUGCAUACAGGCUCAUCCUGGCAGCCAACAGGGACGAGUUCUACCACAGACCUUCCAAGUUAGCAGGCUUCUGGGGGAACAACAGCGAGAUCCUCAGUGGGCUCGACAUGGAGGAAGGCAAGGAAGGAGGCACGUGGCUGGGCAUCAGCACGCGGGGGAAGCUGGCAGCACUCACCAACUACUUGCAACCGCGCCUGGACCCGGAUGCCCGCGGCCGAGGUGAGCUUGUGGCCCACUUUCUGACCACCGACAUGGACAGCCUGACCUACCUGAAGAAGGUCUCCGCAGAGGGCCACCUGUACAAUGGCUUCAACCUCAUAGCCGCCGAUCUGAGCACAGAGAAGGGAGACGUCGUUUGCUACUAUGGAAACCGCGGGGACCCUGAGCCUGUUGUCCUGGCCCCAGGGACCUACGGGCUGAGCAAUGCUCUGCUGGAGACGCCCUGGAGGAAGCUGUGCUUUGGGAAGCAGCUCUUCUUGGCGGUUGUGGAGCAGAGCCAGGCCCUCCCCAAGGAUGACCUCAUUGCCCAGCUCCUGGACGUGCUCAACAACGACGAGGCGCAGUUGCCAGACCCAGCCAUCGAGGACCAAGGCAGGGAGUACGUGCAGCCCAUUCUGAGCAAGUAUGCGGCUGUGUGUGUGCGCUGCCCGGACUAUGGCACCAGAACCAACACAGUCAUCCUCGUGGACGCUGAUGGGCACGUGACUUUCACAGAGCGCAGCAUGUUGGACAAGGACCCCUCCCGCUGGGAGACCACCACCCACGAGUUCAGGCUGCAGAGUUAACCUCCACCCCUAGGCGUGGCCGGGGGGCUCCUGGAAGGCCCUGCCUCAAGGGCCAUUGUGGAUGGGUACCUUCCACAGCCACAUGUACUGCCCAUGACUUGGCCACUGUCCCCCAGGACCAAGUCCCUCUGAUUUGUGUGUGAUCUAUCUGUGUCCCUGUGUCCAGCUCGGGGUCCACCCUUAUGCCAAUGAGAGUGACAGAGUCCCAUGGCUAGGGCUGGGGCAGGCCCAGUUGUGCUAUGCAUGUGUGAAUGCAUCUGGGCCUAUCCCCUGCCCCUGCACAGAAGCACAGGUGCAUAGGCACACACGUACACUCUUAGGGCAUGCACACAUGCUCAAGUGUGCACAUAUUCCCAGGCAGACACAAACCCAAGUACCAGAUAGGCCUCUCGCACCCACACGUGCUUCUGGCUAGUGGGUCUUUGCUUUGAACAAUGUGACAGAAGUAGGCUUUUCUUUAAAAGUGGCCCCUCCUCUCCUGGGCGUUCCAGGUCCCGGCAAUCAGACCUGCUCUUGGAGGGGAAACAGGCCACAUUUGGGAUGAGGAAUGACAAAGACCUGGGAAGAACCCACUCUCAUAGCAUAUGCACAACCUGGUUGGUGGAUCUAGUGGUCCUGUGUGUGUUGGGGGUCCCAUGUGCAUGGGGUGGUCCUGUGGGAGGGGUGAUCCCCCAUGCACUGGGGGUCCUGUGUGUGCUAGGCGCCUCAGCAGGCUCUCAGGCCCCUGCCCACCCACUGGGAGCCGUGGGUUCUGGGGAGGCCCAGCUCAGUGAGGGGAUGCAGCCAGCCCCUGCCGUUUCCCUUCUCCUUGGGGAGUCAGACUUCACAGGAAUCUGUACUUGAAUGUGAGACAUUGGUAAUAAAACUUUCAUGCUGGAGUGA